AUGGGUGUCGACUUCACCGUCUUCAAAGGCUCGGCAAGCGGCGAGAUCGUCGAAGCCACAGGCCACCGCGACCCGGGACCAACCGAGGUCAUCGUCAAGGUCUCCCACUGCGGAGUCUGCGGCACAGACGAACACUACCGCCACGUUGACCAAGGACUCGGACACGAAGGCAUCGGUGUCAUCACCGAGGUCGGCUCCAUGGUGCACGCCGUUUCCGAGUUCCGUGUCGGCGACCGCGUCGGCAUGAGCUGGUUCCACAAGUUCUGCGGCCACUGCGAUGCCUGCUUGACGGGCCGCCAGAACCAGUGCGCCAACAAGACGGAAUUCGGCACCGCCGACCUUGACCAAGGCUGCUUCGGCACCGCUGUCGCCUGGGAUAUCUCGGCACUGUUUAAGAUCCCCGAGGAGAUCGCCUCAGAGUACGCCGGCCCCCUGAUGUGUGGCGGUGCCACCGUGUGGGCUCCGCUGGCCGACUAUGGCCUCAAGCCGGGUUCCCGCGUGGGCGUCCUCGGUGUCGGUGGGCUCGGUCACCUCGCCAUCCAGUUUGCCGCUAAGAUGGGCAUGGAGGUCGUUGUAUUCUCGGGCACUGAGAGUAAGCGGCAACAGGCGCUGGAGCUAGGCGCUUCUGAAUUCUACGCCACCAGUGCUGGAAGCCUCGAGGAAGUGGAAAAGAUCCACGCGCUCUUGAUUACUACGAGUGUGGCACCGGAUAUGAAAUCAUUCUUCCCCGUCAUGGCACUAGGGGCUCUGGUGUUCCCCCUGACCAUUAGUAUGGAGCACCUCAAGGUCUCGCCCUUGGAUUUGGUCAUCUAUGGCCUGAAGAUUGUCGGAUCUGCAACCGCACCGACGGCGAGCACGCGAGCCAUGUUGCGAUUUGCAGGGAAACAGGGGAUCAAGCCAAUUAUUGAGAAGUUCCCAUUGACGCAGGCUGGUGUCGUUAAUGCCAUGACCAAGCUGAGAGAGGGGAAGAUGAGGUAUCGCGGGGUCUUGGUUGCGGCCUAA